AUGGAGACCAUGAAAGGCACUCUGGGGGUGAAGCAGGGAAGUGGGAUUACAGGAGAGGGUCUCUCCAGCACACUGGCCGCCAACCUUCUCUCGGUCUUCUUCACUGCUGGUACUGUCCUUCUGCAUGUCCUCAGCAUCACUCUUCAGCAGGAGCGUUUCUGGGUGCUGGGCACUGUUUCCCCUACUCCUUCGCACGCAAAAGCGCCGGGUGUGACCAAGUUGCGGAGGCGUGGCCUGGGAGUGGCCUACGGCGAUCUGUGCGGUCGCCAACUCGGCCUGCCCCCCCAGGGUCUUGCCCUUCCCCAGGAUGGACCCCCAGGAAACCAGAUCCUGGCAGGCCCUCUUGAGAUCCUUGAGGCCCAGGAUUCAGUGACAUUUGAUGACGUGGCCCAGUACCUCACAAAAAAGGAGUGCCUGAGACUGGACGCUGAGCAGAGGACACUGGCAUACUACAGGAAUGUGAACUCCGUGGGAGUUCCUGUUUUGAGCCGCCUGGCUCCUCACCUGGUACAAGGCCACGUGGUGCUGGCAUCUGAGCCAUCCCUGAACACAGACUGAGGUAAGCAUUCCGCCGACAUCUUGGUGACACAACAGCAGAGAAUGGGUGAAGACGCUCAGCCCCAGGAGAUGGCAUCCACCAGCUCCCCGAUGGCCGGUGCACCCAGCCCUGAGGUCAAACAGAGCAGAGACUUGGAGGGGAGUGGGGGGAGCCCCCAGAACCUGCCCAUAGAACAUCACUUUGCAUGUAAGGAGUGUGGGGAUGCUUUUCGGCUCAAGGUCCUCCUUGUGCAGCACCAGAGAAUUCACAGCGAGGAGAAGGGCUGGGAGUGUGGCGAUUGCGGGAGGGUCUUCAGGGGCGUCUCUGAGUUCAACGAGCACCGGAAGAGCCACGUGGCUGCAGAGCCCCAGCCGGGUCCCAGCCGAGCGCCGGAAGAUGCCAUGGAGGAAAGGGAGCAAAUGGAGAGGGAGGCGAAGCCCUUCGAGUGUGAGGAAUGUGGGAAGAGAUUCAAGAAGAACGCGGGCCUCAGUCAGCACCUGCGCGUCCACAGCAGAGAGAAGCCGUUUGACUGCGAGGAGUGUGGGCGGUCCUUCAAGGUGAGCACCCACCUCUUUCGCCAUCAGAAGCUCCACACUUCCGAAAAGCCGUUCGCCUGCAAGGCAUGCGGCAGGGAGUUCCUGGAUCGCCAGGAGCUCCUCAAGCACCAGCGCGUGCACACCGGCCACCUGCCCUUCGACUGUGACGACUGCGGCAAGUCCUUUCGGGGUGUCAACGGCCUGGCCGAACACCAGCGCAUCCACAGCGGGGCCAAGCCCUACGGGUGUCCCCACUGCGGCAAGCUCUUCCGGAGGAGCUCGGAGCUCACCAAGCACCGCCGGAUCCACACGGGCGAGAAGCCCUACGAGUGUGGCCAGUGCGGCAAGGCCUUCCGGCAGAGCUCCAGCCUCCUGGAGCACCAGCGCAUCCACACCGGGGAGCGGCCCUAUGGCUGUGGCGACUGCGGCAAGGCUUUCCGGGGGCCCUCCGACCUGAUCAAGCACCGGCGGAUCCACAGCGGACUGAAACCCUACGAGUGUGACAAAUGCGGGAAGGCCUUCCGGCGGAGCUCUGGCCUGAGUCGCCACCGGAGGACCCACAGCGGAGCGAGACGCUGCGAGUGCAGCGAGUGUGGCCGCGUGUUCAAGAGGCGGGCGGCACUGCAGAAGCAUCAGCCAACCCACCAUGACUAG